AUAUUAAUGUCUUUUGAUAUAUUUUGGGAUAAACUUGAUAAACAAGUAGCACAAAAAGUUCAAGAUAUAAUAAACGAACAAUUUCGAACUUCAAAUAAUAAACCUUCUUUUAUAGGUGAUAUAGAAAUAUCAGAAUUUGAUUUUGGUACGGUACCGCCGUCAAUUGAAAUUAUUGAUGUUACAGAUCCUUUUCCAGAAUUUUAUUUGCCUGAUAAUACAGUUGUAGAUGUUGAUGCUAAAUCUGACUUGUCAGAAUCAGGUGGAAAUGUGAAUGGAGUUGGAAGUGGUGUAAGAAAUGGAAAUGGUGGUAUAGGAGGUGGAAUUGGAGUUGAAAGAGUAAGAACGAGAGAAAGUGUAGUUAAUAGUGAACAACGAACGUUUCACCAUAAUAAUUCAUCGUCAUCUUUUACUCGAUCAAAUCCGCUUAACAAUAAUAAUAACAAUAAUAAUAGGUCAUCCCCAUUUACACCACCGAUAACACCUAUUAAUAGGUCAUCAUCAUUUACAACUACACCAAUAACACCUAUUAAUAG